GAGAGCUGUUGAAGGAUGACGGGGAGCUGUCAGGUGGUGGAUGUGGAUGAUGAUGAGUAUGCCAAGCUCGUCAGGAGGAUGAACCCACCAAGAGGUGUAGGCUGCUGUCUUCUGAGCUUCCGAGUAGGGUUUAUCAUUUAUAGUUUGAUGCUCAUCUGAGAUUCAAAGGGUCGUGAUAGAUAAUGAUGCCUGUGAUCACGCUACUGUUAUUCGGGUGGAUAGUGUUAACAAGCAUGGGAUUCUGCUAGAGGUGGUUCAAGUCCUCACUGAUCUGAACCUUGUAAUCACGAAGGCUUAUAUUUCUUCGGAUGGAAGUUGGUUUAUGGAUGUAUUUAAUGUGACCGAUAGAGAUGGGAAUAAAAUAUGGGACGAAGAGAUCGUCUCUUACAUACAAAAGUCCUUAGGAUCGGAUGCUUGCUUCUUCCCCAAACUCAGGAGUUCAGCUGGUGUGAUGCCAUCGAAUGAGCACACCUUCGUCGAGCUGACUGGCACAGACAGGCCCGGCUUGCUAUCUGAAAUAUGUGCUGUGCUUGCAAACAGCAAGUGUAAUGUGGUGAGAGCUGAGUUAUGGACUCACAACGCCAGGGUUGCAGCGGUGGUUCGUGUCACCGAUGAGUCGACCAGGAGAGCAGUUGAGGACCCCGAGAAACUCUCCAUGAUCAAAGAGCUCCUCUGCAAUGUUCUCAAGGGCUCGAGGACCGCGAGUAUGACGGUCUCAAUGGGACACACUCACACCGAGAGGAGGUUGCAUCAGAUGAUGUUCAGCAAUCGAGACUACGAGAGAAUUGGUGCGACACAAGGAGACGAUAAAUCAUGGCCUCAGGUUGCUGUGAUGGACUGCUCCGAGAAGGAUUAUUCUGUAGUCAUCAUGAGGUCGAAAGACCGACCGAAGCUUCUCUUUGAUACUCUUUGCACGCUCACAGAUAUGCAAUAUGUUGUGCAUCAUGGCACGGUUGACUCAGGAGAGGAAGAAGCUUAUCAGGAAUACUACAUCAGACAUGUUGACGGGCACCCCAUAAGUUCAGAGGCCGAACGACAACGUGUGAUCGAUUGCCUCGAGGCAGCCAUCGAGAGAAGAGCUACAGAGGGAUUGGAGUUGGUGCUGAGGACAGAAGACAGAAUCGGAUUGCUUUCGGAUAUUACAAGGAUAUUCCGAGAAAAUGGCUUGACAAUUACAAGGGCAGAAAUUUCGACUGAGGAUGGAAAAGCAUUUGACACUUUCUUUCUUUCAGAGAUGUCAGGCAAUCCUGUGGAAGCCAAGACAAUAGAUUCAAUAAGUAGGCAGCUCGGGCACAUGAUUGUGAGGUUGAAGCAGAAUCCUCUUCUUGCUUCAAAGUCUCCUGAAGUUGCCGGUGCUGCCGGUUUCCUCUUUGGGAAUCUCUUCAAGGCUUCCUUUCAGAGCUUUUGGCUGGUUGGAUCCUCCUACUCAUGAUGAUUCAUGAUAGAUAUGACACCAAACAAAAUUCUAAAUGGUUAGCUGAUACAAGAAACUUUGGCACAGCACCACCCUCCUGUCGAGAGUUCCAGUUCGCCCUCGAAACUUGGAUAUGGAUCCAGGAACCAAACUGUAUGCUGAAGUUGAUGAAAGGAUGUGUUUAAUUUGCCUCUGUAAAUAGACACUAUUUAGGCUGUAAAGAACAUGUACAGAUAAAGAUGUACAGAAAUUUAUGAUGUCCGAUGCUGCUCUUACUGUGCCUGUGGCUUCAUUUAGGUAAUUUACACUGUCACUAAGCAUUCAAAGGGCUCAGUCAUAUGUAAUAAAUACAAUCCUAAUAACAAAGUGAAGAAACUAGAAAGCAUAUCUGCA